AUGGGGGCGCUCCAACAACCAGGAACCCAACCAACUCGUAAAAAAUUGGCCGGCUCCAAGGCUGUGCCUAGUUCCUCAAAUAUGGAAUCAACUCCAAAAUCCGCAAAGUCUCACAAGCGAAAGAGGGAUGUCGAAACCUCCAAUGCGACCACCCCAACCCCAACGAAGAAACACAAGAAGCGCGAGAGCCUGCCCUCUGCUGCGUCACCUGCCAAUAACGGAAGCGCUACGAAGCGGAGACGACUCAAGGAUGCCCUCCAGGGUAGCGACACUGAGAAAGAGACCCGGAAGGCCAGCGCUACUUCUCAAGAAAAGCGCAAGAAGGACCGUGUUGGUGAAUCAGGGAAGAAAUCCAAGGACGGCAAGGGAAAGAGUUCUGGGAAGGAUAGCCAGGAAGAUUCCGAGCCUGCACCUGUGAGCUCCGAGUCUGGGGAUGAGAACGAAGCAGAGGAGUCCUCCGAGGACGAGGGCAAGCGCCGCAAGUCAUCCAAUGAUAAACAUGCUGGCAUCCUGUCUAAGUUUGAGCGCACCAAAACGGCAGCAAGCGCGAAGGCGAAAAAGGCAAAGAAAGAGACCAAGGAGGCCGUUACACCAGCCGAAAUGAAUGUUGAGCCUGUCAUUGCCAAAGGUCUCGAACCAUUGCCCCAGCCUGAGAACCCGCCCGAAGUGAUUGAGGCGCCAACGUACUCCUCCUUGCCUCCAUGGCUCGCGAAUCCUCUGCGAACGUCGGCAAACGAGCGGGCUAAGUUUUCAGACCUGGGAAUCAAGCCCGACCUCCUACGAAUCCUUGAACAGAACAACUACAAGGAAGCAUUCGCCGUGCAGUCAACAGUCAUCCCUCUGCUUCUGGAUGGUGAGAACAACCACCCAGGCGAUCUUUGUAUCAGUGCCGCGACAGGCUCGGGAAAAACUCUGUCAUAUGUUCUCCCCCUUGUCACAUCUCUUACUGCCAGACCUGCAUCGAGACUACGAGGACUUAUUGUUGUUCCGACAAGAGAAUUGGUCAAGCAGGCACGUGAGGCCUGCGAGCUUUGUGCAUCUGGUUCACGUCUUCAUAUCGGAAGUGCCGUUGGUAAUGUGGCAAUCAAAGAUGAGCAGAAGCUUCUGAUGCGAGUCGAUCAAGUUUACAACCCCGCAACUGUCGCACAACGACAGAAGUCCGGGUUGCGGGGCAAUGACUGGAUGGACUUCAGUCUUGAAGAUUGUGUCAGUGAAGCUAUGGACUCAAACGGAUUCUUGCCUGGCUACAUCCAACGGGCUGAGCCAAAUGUGGAUAUUUUGAUUUGCACACCCGGUCGACUUGUUGACCACAUUCGAUACACCAAAGGAUUUACUCUCAAACACCUCGAGUGGCUGGUCAUCGACGAGGCUGAUCGUUUGCUGAAUGAGAGUUUCCAAGAAUGGGUUGAUGUGGUCAACGGUUCGCUCAACUCACGUCAAGCGCCAGAGACCUUUGGACCUGGUGGUCAACUUCUGUCUGAUCUUGGACUUUCGAUCGAUAUCCAUGCUCCCCGGAAGGUGAUUCUGAGUGCGACAAUGACUCGGGACAUCACCAAACUGAACUCCUUGCGUCUGGAUAAUCCGAAGAUGGUCAUCAUUGGUGCUGAGAGCACCACAGACGCGGAGGAUUUGUCUGUCCCCCAUCCCGACGCUCAUUUCACACUGCCACCAACCUUGCAGGAGCAUAUCAUCGCCGUGGAUGAUGCUUCUCAGAAGCCGCUUUACCUCCUUCGCCUUCUUCUCUCUCAUAUCAAAAUUGGCGGCGAGGAAAAUGCCGCAAAGAAGCAAGUCACUGCUUCUACUGAGUCCGACGCUGACAGUACCAGCUCUGAUGAUACUAGCUCUGACGAGUCAUCUGACGAAUCUUCUGACGACGAGACUUCUUCAUCUGGCUCUGACUCGGACUCUGAUUCCGAUUCUUCGUCGGGCUCUGAUUCUGAUUCAUCUAGCGACUCAUCUAGUGAUUCAUCAUCAGAGGAAUCCUCCGAUUCUGAGGACGAAGUCAUCAACAUCGCGCCCCAAGCCAAAUCCCCUCGCACAACUGUGCUCAUCUUCACCAAGUCCUCUGAGGCCGCGUCACGACUAUCUCGACUUAUCUCUCUCCUUCACCCGCCGCUUGCCAACCGCGUGGGAACUAUCAUCAAAUCAAACAAGUCGUCUGCCUCCCGAAAGACCCUGGCUGCGUACCGCCGCGGACGUAUCUCGGUCAUUGUGGCAACUGAUCGUGCCUCCCGUGGUCUGGAUCUGCAGUCCUUGACUCACGUCAUCAACUACGACAUCCCACCCAGUGUGACCACCUACGUGCAUCGUGUCGGUCGUACUGCUCGUGCCGGCCGCGAGGGCUCCGCGUGGUCUUUGAUUGCCCAUCGUGAGGGUAGAUGGUUCGCCAACGAAAUUGCCGCCAGCGUCGAAGGUCAUAUUACACGCACUGCCAGUAUUGAUCGGGUCCGCGUGAAGCUGGAUACUCUGAAGUCACUCCAGUCCAAGUACGCGGCAGCUUUGGACGAGCUCGAGAAGGAGGUGAAAGCUGGCAGGGCACGUCCUGCCAAGCAGGCAUGA